AUGGCGACGCGCCCGGCCUCGCGCCAGCGGAAGGCUUCCUCGGCGGCGAAGGGCUCGCACCAGCAGGUUCAGCAGUCGGGCUCGCCGACGUCGACGGCGACCACGUCGUCGUCGCGGCUCACGCCGGAGAUGAUGUCGUCGCUCGAGGGGCCCGCGUCGCCGCGGCUCGUCGCGGGGCUGGACGCCGCCGACGCCGACGACGACCAGGCCGCCACCAAGGAGAACGUCACCGUCACCGUCCGCUUCCGCCCGCUCAGCCCGCGGGAGAUUCGGCAGGGGGAGGAGGUCGCGUGGUACGCCGACGGCGACACGGUCGUGCGGAGCGAGCAGAACCCCAACGUCGGCUACGCUUACGAUCGGGUUUUUGCACCGACUACUACAACCCGCCAAGUAUAUGAUGUUGCAGCUCAACAUGUUGUCAGUGGUGCCAUGGAGGGCAUAUAUGGAACAAUAUUUGCGUAUGGCGUUACAAGCAGUGGAAAGACACAUACGAUGCAUGGAGAUCAAAGAUCCCCAGGAAUAAUACCUUUGGCUGUCAAAGAUGCAUUUAGCAUUAUACAGGAGACCCCAAACCGCGAGUUUCUCCUGCGUGUGUCAUACUUGGAAAUUUAUAACGAGGUUGUCAAUGAUCUACUCAAUCCUGCAGGACAGAGCUUACGAAUUAGAGAGGAUCCUCAGGGAACGUUUGUCGAGGGUAUGAAAGAAGAAGUGGUAUUAUCUCCUGCACAUGCUCUGUCCCUAAUUGCAGCUGGAGAAGAGCAUAGACAUGUUGGAUCCACUAACUUCAAUCUACUAAGUAGUAGAAGUCAUACAAUUUUUACACUGACAAUAGAGAGCAGCUCUUACGGUGACUCUAAUGAAGGGGAAGCAGUCACCUUCUCACAGCUGAACCUCAUUGAUCUGGCAGGUUCAGAGAGCUCAAGGGCAGAAACAACUGGAGUACGCCGGAAGGAAGGAUCUUACAUCAAUAAAAGCUUGCUAACUCUUGGAACGGUGAUAUCAAAAUUGACUGAUGGAAAAGCUACACAUAUUCCAUUUCGUGAUUCAAAACUAACACGGCUACUUCAGUCAUCCUUGAGUGGACAAGGGCGCGUUUCGCUAAUUUGCACAGUGACCCCGGCAUCAAGCAACUCCGAAGAGACCCACAACACACUAAAAUUUGCCCACCGUGCAAAGCGCAUUGAGGUCCAAGCAUCACAAAAUAAGAUAAUUGAUGAAAAAUCUUUGAUAAAGAAAUACCAGAAUGAGAUUCGCAGAUUAAAGGAAGAGCUAGAACAGCUGAAAAUGGGUAUUAUUACUGGAACUCCGUUAAAAGAUGCCGAAGACGAUAAUAUGAUCCUUUGGAAGCAGAAGCUAGAAGAUGGUAACGUCAAGUUGCAAUCAAGACUUGAACAAGAAGAGGAAGCCAAAUCUGCUUUGCUUGCAAGGAUACAGAGGCUCACAAAACUUAUCCUUGUUUCCACAAAGGCAACUCCGACUUCUAGAUUUUCUCCACAUCCUGGGCCAAGAAGGAGACACUCUUUUGGGGAAGAGGAGCUGGCUUACCUCCCGUACAGAAGGCGAGAUAUCAUGUUGGAUAAUGAAAGCAAUGAAUUACUCACUCCUGGCGAAGGAUUUGGUGUGACACCUGAAGACUCUUCGAAGGAGGAGAAAAAGAACAGGAAAGGACUUCUUAACUGGUUCAAAAUUCGGAAACGCGACGGUGGAGCUUCUACUCUAACAAGUUCAGAAUGCGAUAAGUCCAGUUUGACUAAAUCAACUGCUCCUUCAACACCUAUUGGGGAGAGUCUGAAUUUUCCUGCAGAACCAAGAAUAUCAACUUCGUUGGUUAAUGAGAGUGAAUCAGCUGAUAUGCUGAGCAUUGGCCAUGGGGAUUUUCCUUCUGAUGGUCUUACUGGAGAAGAAGCAUCUCUGGCGAGCACAAAAACAAUAGACCAUGUUGACUUACUAAGAGAGCAAUUAAAGAUUUUAUCAGGGGAGGUUGCACUUCAUACAAGUGUUCUAAAGCGCCUCACCGAGGAAGCUGGAAGAAACCCGAAUAGUGAGAAAAUUCAGAUGAAAAUGAAGAAGAUCAGUGACGAAAUUAAGGCAAAGCAGCAGCAGAUAUCAUCUUUAGAAAAACAGAUGCCUCAUUCCUUGUCAAAUAGUCAAGUGAAGGUUGACAAGUUAGAUCUUUCACCGUCUUACGGGGAACUACUUGAGCAACUUAAUGAGAAAUCUUUCGAACUUGAGGUGAAGGUAGCAGAUAACAGAGUAAUACAAGAGCAGCUACAGGAAAAGACAACUGAGUGCAUGGAAUUACAAGAGGCAGUUGCUUGCCUUAAAGAACAUCUUUCCCAAGCUCUUCAAGCUAAGGAUUCACUGUCAAAUAGCAUUAUGAUGCAGAAUAGUUCAGGAGUAAACCAUGAAGAACAACACAGUGAUCAAGAAAAACCAGUUUCCAGGGAUAUCUCUGCUGAACAACUGCAAAAGGAACAGCAGGACCAUCAGUCACUUGAGCUUGGUGAGCUAAAGCAGAGGGUACAUGAACUCACCGAAGUCAAAGCUCAACUCGAGGCUCGCAAUCAGAAGCUAUUAGAGGAAAGUACAUAUGCAAAAGGCUUGGCUUCGGCUGCAGGAGUGGAAUUGAAAGCAUUGUCAGAAGAAGUGACCAAACUCAUGAACCAAAAUGAGAAGCUUGCUUCCGAGUUAGCAUCGCAGAGAAGUCCAACCCCUCGCAGAGUAAGCAAUGGACCAAGAGGUACUGCUAGGCGAGAGAGCAUGAGUAGACGAAAUGAACCAGCUAGCAGAAGAGAUGGCAAUGCGAGAGAAGAGAGGGAGAGAGCGUUAGAAACCAUUAUUACGGAGAAGGAACAAAAGGAAGCAGAACUCCAAAGGAAAGUCGAGGAAUCAAAGCAAAAGGAGGCCUUCUUGGAGAGUGAGCUUGCAAACAUGUGGGUUCUAGUGGCAAAAUUGAAGAAGUCUCGUGGGGAUGAUGACCAUGAGGAUUUGGAGGCCAAAUAUAAUGGCUCCUGA